ACUGUAGUGUUUUUAAAAGGUCAGUAAUUAGUCAAUACAAGAACAUUUUGCUGGCUAUAAAUUAGAAGUUUUACACCUCAAUCAUUAAUCUUAUUACAAAUAACAAAAAAGUUGUUCAGCAACAUUUCAUAAACGGUUUGUUCUUCUCUCCCCCCCAAUAUUCCAUAUUAUUCUGUGUUGUAUCUUAUCGACACCCUGAGUCUGAAUAAUAAAUGUCGUCACACUCCCGCCAUAUUCAGAAUGGCGCCAUCGUGUGGUGGAUGGGGGGGUAGCACAGACAUGGUGUCUCAGGUAAUAACAGUGUAAUCUGUUGAUCUGCUCAAGUCUCCAGCCUUAAAUCUCCCUCCCUUAGACCUCGUGUUGCCUCAGAGGAACAAUGACGACUUGUCUCAUGAAACUCUGCAGACUUCUCUGCUGUGCACUGACUCUACCGUUAACCCUGAUGGAGCGCACAGGCCUGUGCGGUGUCUACAAACGCCUCUUUCCCUUCCUCGCCUACAACAUCACGUUUUCAUACAACGCUAAAACGCACGGGAUCAAGAGGGAGCUCUUCAGAAACGUGGGCAGCUUCGCGAGCAGCGACGGGACCCUGCGCCUGCUGGAGAUCGGCUGCGGCAGCGGGGCCAACUUCAGGUUCUACCCCGGCGGCUGCACGGUGACCUGCACCGACCCCAACCCGCACUUCAGCAGCUACCUGCGCAGGAGCAUGGCCGACAACACGCAUCUGACCUAUGAGGAGUUCAUGGUGGUGUCAGGGGAGAACAUGGAGGAGGUGCAGGGCGAGUCUGUUGAUGUUGUGGUGUGCACGCUGGUCCUCUGCUCCGUCAGGGACGUGCGGGAGGUGCUGCAGGAGGUGCGACGCAUCCUCAGACCUGGCGGAGCCUUCUUCUUUUUGGAACAUGUUGUGUCAGAUCCGUCUUCAUGGACAUACUUCUUUCAACAUGUGCUUGAACCUGUGUGGUACUACCUUGGGGAUGGGUGCAUGAUCACCAGAGCCACAUGGAAAGAUCUAGAAGCCGCUGGUUUCUCUGAACUUCACUUAAAACAAGUUGAGGCUCCAGGGGUGACGUCAUUGAUAAGACCACAUAUCAUGGGAUUUUCCAUUAAGUGACUGCAGGGGAGAAUGGACACGUCAUUUUGCCAUUGUUUAAGGCGUCUAUUCUGUAUUAUUUUUACUCAAAGCACAGUAAUUAGUCAGUACAAGAAUAUUUAGCUUCCUAUUCAAGAGCUUGACUUGUUUUUGUCAUUAUAAAACCCUCAUGACAAAGAAGUGUAAUUGAGGCCUGACAUUUUACACUUCAAUCAUAAACCUUCUUAUUAAUAACUAUAAAACUAUAAAAAAAACAUAGAUAUAACUUGAAUUUAGAAAGUUAACACAUGUUGAUGUGUAUCAGCAAACAUAAACGAUGAUAGAUAACAACAAAAAACGGUCAGACUCUCCUUCCUACUAAACCAUAAUUUAUAUUAUUACAUAUACUGUUUGUAACUACCUCAUAAGAGUCCAAAUUCCAGCUGUAGGUUUCACAU